AUGAAGACUGGUACAACGAGCCUGCUCGCAAAGGCCGGCACAACCACCCGGAUCAUAUGCCCUGCACGAACAUCUCGACGGCAACACUUCCACCAAGAUGUGUCGAACGUACAGAAACGUCAGCUAUGCCACGCAUGCCCAGCUCCGUCAUCGAGGGUUAAGCCGAUGAGAUCCACUGCCUCCGCCGUACGGAUAGGCCUAAAUAGGGGCUUCCAUGCAAGUUCGCGGCAGCUGGCAACGAAGGAUCCAUAUCGAGUCCUUGGUGUCGAUAAGAACGCCUCGGCAUCCGAGAUAAAGAAGGCGUAUUAUGGCAUGGCUAAGAAGUUCCACCCCGAUACGAAUAAAGACCCUACUGCAAAGGACAAGUUUGCCGAAGCACAAUCUUCGUACGAGCUUCUCACAGAUCCGCAAAAGAAGGCCGCUUGGGAUCAGUUCGGCGCGGCCGGCUUCGACCAAGGCGCCGGACCCAGUCCUGGAAGUGGCGGGGACCCCUUUGGAGGUGCUGGACACCCGUUCGGUGGAGGAAACCCAUUUGGAGGAGCUGGUGGAUUUGGCAGUGCUGGAUUCGGAGCCGAUUUCAACUUCGAGGAUCUAUUCAGGGGAUUUACUCAGGGUGGCGGAAGGCCCCGACGAGGUGGACCAAGCCCAUUCCAGGAGGAAAUCUUGGUUGGGGACGAUAUUAGUGUGCAAACUACAAUAUCAUUCAUGGAGUCCGCCAAGGGUACCAGGAAGGCCAUUACUAUAACGCCUCUAGUUACAUGCAAAACCUGUUCUGGAAACGGAUUGAAGCCUGGGACCAAACGGUCGGAAUGCCAGACCUGCGGAGGAACGGGAACUCGUGUACACUUCAUGUCAGGAGGUUUCCAGAUGGCUUCCACCUGUGGUACUUGCGGCGGCCAAGGUGUCACGACUCCAAAAGGAGGAGAGUGCCGGCCGUGCUCCGGAAAUGGAGUUGUCAGAGAGCGGAAAACGAUAGAUGUGGACAUACCUGGAGGUAUAGAGGAUGGCCAGCGAUUGCGUAUCAACCAAGAGGGAGAUGCGCCAGUGACUGGGACUGCUGCCAACCCGGAUGCCAAAGGUAUUCCGGGACAUCUAUACGUCCUCAUAAGGGUCCAAACCGACCCCAAAUUUAGCCGGUCCGGAUCCGACGUAUUAUACACGGCUACGAUACCACUCACCACUGCUAUACUGGGAGGCGAAGUCAAGAUACCAACCUUAGACGGCGAAGUAAAUGUUAAGAUCGCCACGGGCACUGCCACUGGGGAUAAGAUCACCCUACCAGGGAUGGGUAUGAAGAAACUCGAGCGCAGAAGAAACGCCUCGGGAGAUCUCAAGGUGGAGUUCAAGGUUGCCAUGCCUAAGUACCUAAGUUACAACCAACGCACCAUCGUCGAAAUGCUAGCAGAUGAGCUGAAUGACAAGACGGCGAAGCGUAUAAUGAACGUUGGAAAGUCUAGUGCUCCGGACUCUCAACGGGAGGGCUUUCUCAAAUCCAUCUGGCAUAAAUUAACAGACCAGGAUUCGACCAAGCAGGACGCGACCAAGGAGGAUGCAACCAAAAAGGAUUCGACCCAGGACGAUAAGAAGGAGGAUUCAAGCAAGAAAAAUCCGGGCAAGGACGAUGACAAGCCGUCAGAUAAGUCCAAGGGGAAAUGA